AUGCCCGUCGAGUCGCGGUGGUCGGUUCCCAUCCCCGACGUCUCCUUGCCGACAUAUCUCUUCGGUUCGCCUUCGGGCCCAAUCUCAGACGCCCUCGCCUACGUCGACGCAGACGACACGCCGAGGUCCCUUACUCUGCAAGAAUUCCGCCACUAUGCCAAGAAGAUUGCCGUGGGCCUGCGGCGACACGGCGUCCAACCCGGAGACCGUGUGUUGCUGUAUAGCAGGAAUGACAUCUACUUUCCGUGUCUGUUCUUCGGCGUCAUCAUGAGCGGUGCCAUCUUCACCGGUGCCAGUCCAGCUUUCGGCCCCAACGAGCUCGCAUACCAACUCAAGGACAGCGGAGCAAAGGCCCUUGUCGCGGCAACGGUCGUGCUGGACAACGCCGUCGAGGCCGCCAAGAUGGCUGGCCUGUCGACAACGCAGGUCUUCCAUUUCGACGGCUUGUUAACACCGGCGAGGGAAUCUGUCGACAGAAAACCCCAAGACUUACCUCACUGGACCAACCUCCUCGCAUCAGACAGCGACGCCGACGCCUUUCAGUGGUGGGAGCCCAAAGACCCCAACGGGACAACGUGCUGUCUCAACUACAGCUCUGGCACAACGGGGCGGCCAAAGGGAGUUGAAGUCACACACGGCUCUUACAUCGCGAACGCCCAAACGGUGGUCCACGUGACAGCCCUCGGCGCGGAGGCUCGCGGAGAGGUUGGCCUGGCAUCGCGCGCGCUGUGCUUUAUGCCGACGUACCACGCGGCGGCACAGACGGGCUACCUGAUCAACUCUCCCAAGCUUGGCGUAUUGACGUACAUGAUGUCGGCGUACUCACUCGAGAGGCUGCUGCAUAAUAUCCAGGAACACAAGAUCACCGACCUGACAGUUGCUCCUCCCGUCAUCGUCUCCCUUGUGUCGAGCCCCUUGCGGAAUAAGUACGACCUCAGCAGCAUCCGGCGCAUCACCUGCGGCACAGCACCACUGGCGCCGGGACUGGUUGACGAGGCUUCGCGUCUCUUCGGCGAGGGAGCCGUGCGCGUUCGACAGGCCUGGGGCAUGACGGAACUAACGUGUAUGGGAUCAGUGCCCGACCCGGGCAGCACCGACGGCGACGCCAGCUCGGUUGGCGAGGUCGUCCCUAACAGCCGAAUCAAGCUCGUCGACAGUGAUACGGGCGAAGAGGUCACUGAGGCAGGUCAGCGCGGGGAGCUGUGGUUCACGGGACCUGGGUUGAUGAAGGGCUACUGGCGCAACCCAAAGGCAACUGCCGAGACGAUGCACGUCGACAGCGACGGCACGAGGUGGAUGAAGACGGGCGACAUCGUGACGCUGGACCGCUACGAGCCCGGGGCCAAUAUCCGCAUCGUGGAUCGGGCCAAGGAGCUCAUCAAGGUCAAGGGCUUGCAAGUCGCACCCGCUGAGCUGGAAGCGCUGCUGCUGACGCACGACGACAUUGUCGACGCGGGCGUCGUCGGCGUCAAGGUGCCAACGGGCGAGCUUCCGCGCGCUUACGUCGUCAGGGCGCCGGGGAGCACGGUCUCCGAGGACGACGUCCGCCGAUGGGUCGAGGGCAAGGUUGCGCGGUACAAGUGGCUGCAAGGGGGCGUGGUCUUUGUCGACGCCAUCCCCAAACUACUGUCGGGCAAGAUUCUGCGCCGCGCUCUGCGGGAAAGAGCGCAGGCAGAACUGGCAGGUGCGACGCCAGCCCUUGCCAAACUCUAG